UACGAGAGGGGUUGGAAGGUGGUGGGGGAUAUUAAACUGUUUUUGACCAAAAAAAUUUACAUAGGCAUAUAUGUGCACUCUUACAAGUUGCAGAAUAAAAAUCAUGGCUAUCAUAUAAAAACAGAGAGAGUUUGAAGAAAAGAAGAUCAACAUGAGUCCUCCUCCUUCAAUCUUGCUUGUGUAUUCACUAUUUGUUCUUCAGUGUCUCCAAACAACACAAGGGCAGCUGCAUCUGCACCAUGGCAGCCACUGGAACAACCAUCUUCGAUCAAGAACCGAUGAUUCCGGAAUGAAAAGGCAUGAACCCGAACUGAAGGUGUUCUUCCAUUACAAGGACCUCAAAACUGGCAACAAAAUGGAGAUCUACUUCCCCACAAGAGACCCUUCCACCUCUCCCCAUCUCCUCUCCAAACACGAAUCCGACUCCAUCCCUUUCUCCUCCUCUCAACUCCCUCACAUCCUCCGCCUCCUCUCCUUCCCCGAGGGAUCCAAACAGGCCAACGCCAUGACAGACACGCUCCACCACUGCGAGCUCCCUCCUAUCAAAGGCGAGGCCAAGUUCUGCGCCACGUCUCUUGAGUCCAUGUUCGACUCCCUUCACAAGAUCUUCGGCCUGAGCUCCAAAUUCAGAGUCCUCACCACCACUUACCUCUCUAACUCGAUAUCACCUCUUCAGAACUACACUAUAUCUGAACCUCCGGUGGAGAUAUCAGCACCCAAGAUUGUAGGGUGCCACACGCUGCCUUAUCCGUAUGCAGUUUUCUACUGUCACGGCCAAGAAAGCGAUAACAAGGUGUACAAGGUUGUGGUGGAAGGGGAGGACGGAGGGAGAGUGGAGGCAGCUGCUAUGUGCCACAUGGAUACCUCACAAUGGGAUCCUAGUCACAACGCCUUCCGUGCUCUUGGAAGCGUCCCUGGUGCUUCCCCCGUGUGCCAUUUCUUCCCCUCGGACAACCUUGUUUGGCUUCCAGUUACCUAGGACAGGAACAUCACAUCAGGUGUUACAUAAGUAUGUAUGGUGCGUGCAAUAACCUCAGUCUGGUCUAGGACCAUUCAAGGAAUGUAUGGUUUGUACGAGUGUGUUUUAAAUACCUCUGUAGAAAUUAAUCAACAGAAACUUGUACCUAAA